ACCCACCACAUUGAACUUGUUCCACCUUUUCUACAAUUUGAGGGGGUGACGCUUCUCUGAGAUGGAGCUCACAAGGCGGAUCUCAAAUAGCUUGUCAACAUCUUUAAAUACGUAUGUUUUUCCACAAGAGGGAGCCAGUGUUCAAUAUUCCGCUCCCUAUAAGCACAGAGCUUAUGCCUGCAGCAGAUCGUAGCCGUACGAGACUUAUUCGUUAGUAAUUUUGUGUGAAAGCAGCAAAUGGUCAAAAUCAGAUGUCCAAACUAGUGACAGUUCAUCACUAGCCCUUAAACUGUCUGUGUAUUGGUCCCGCCCUCGCUGUACCCAGAGUCUCCGCGAGAGGCACGGGACUGUGCGCCCAGCUGGAUUUGUUCAUCCCAACAGUGGUGCUCUGUCUCUCUCAUGAACAGCUACGUUUAGCUAGCUAUCGUACAAACGCUACAGCUCUCAACAGAAAGUGUCUACAGCGGUGACAAAGACUUGCAUAAAUCUAAAGUCAUGCCCGCUCUGCCUGUUCCCUUCUGAUGGAGCCGUGGUUGGAGAGGCACUAUGUUUCCCUGUCAUGUAAGCGCCUGGCCCUCGGCUGAACCCGUGUCUUCAUGUGGCAGUCAUGCAGUGCCCCCCCAGACCCCUCAGCCCUCCCAACCUCUGCCUGACCUGCUGUGUAGCUGUCCUGCUCCUGCUGCUGAAGCCCACUCCCUCACACCAUCUCCGGAUCCCAUGGAGUCCCUCAUCGUGGUCACAGAAUAUGAGCCCAGUCGGCCUCCUGGUGCAGCUGGGGACCAAGAGGUAGAGGAAAUGGACAGCUCGGAGCCCCCUGAGCCUGGAGCACCUCCGCGAGCCCCAUCCUGUGACCUCCUGUCCCACACAGUUGGCCGACCCGAGGCUUUGCUUCCGGAGAGCCAUGAGCAGAGGGGGAGACUGAACCUGUCAGACAGGAAGUUUUCCCUACAGGAGCGCUCUCAGACGGCGUCAUCACCUUGCAGCUCGCCUGGUCUAAACGGCCGCUAUAUUUACCCCUCUCUGCCCUACUCGCCAAUAACCUCCCCACACUCUUCUCCACGGCUCCCCCGUAGGCCAACAGUGGAGUCGCACAGUGUUUCCAUCACAGACUUACAGGACUGUGUUCAGCUCAACCAGUACAAGCUAAAAGAUGAGAUUGGAAAGGGCUCCUACGGUGUUGUCAAACUGGCGUACAAUGAAGAUGAUAACACGUACUAUGCGAUGAAGGUGCUGUCCAAGAGGAGGCUGAUGAGACAGGCUGGUUUCCCACGGAGACCACCACCCCGGGGAGCCAAAGAGGCACCCGAGGGCACACCCCAGCCCAAAGGACCCCUGGAGAGAGUCUAUCAAGAGAUUGCCAUCUUAAAAAAGCUGGACCACCCCAAUGUUGUCAAACUUGUGGAGGUUUUGGAUGACCCCAGUGAAGACCAUCUGUACAUGGUGUUUGAGCUCGUUAAGAAGGGGGCCGUUAUGGAGGUGCCAACAGAUAAACCUCUGAGUGAGGACCAGGCACGCUUUUACUUCCAGGAUCUGCUUAGGGGAAUCGAGUACUUGCAUUACCAGAGGAUUAUCCAUCGAGAUGUCAAACCUUCAAACCUGUUGGUGGGAGAAGAUGGACACAUUAAAAUAGCAGACUUUGGUGUCAGUAACCAGUUCGAGGGCGCCGAUGCGCUUCUGACCAGUACAGUGGGAACACCGGCUUUCCUUGCUCCUGAGGCUCUCUCAGAGACCAGAAAAAAUUUCUCAGGAAAGGCACUGGAUGUGUGGGCAAUGGGAAUAACACUUUACUGUUUUGUGUUUGGAACGUGUCCGUUUAUGGAUGAGCGUAUUCUCAGUCUUCAUCAAAAAAUAAAAACACAACCAGUUGAACUACCUGAAAAUGCUGAGAUAUCUGAUGACCUGAAAGAUCUGCUCCUCAAAAUGUUGGACAAGAAUCCAGGGACAAGAAUAACAGUUCCACAAAUUAAGGUGCACCCUUGGGUGACAAGGCACGGGGCAGAGCCCCUACCUCCUGAGGAUGAUAACUGCUGUAUGUUGAUUGAAGUAACUGAAGAGGAAGUGGAGAAUUCAGUGAAGCAUAUCCCCAGCCUGGCUACUGUGAUUCUUGUGAGAACUAUGCUGAGAAAGCGCUCCUUUGGAAACCCUUUUGACUGGAGUCGUAAAGAAGAUCGCAGUAGUUUGUGUGCUCCUGGGCAGAUGCUAACGAAACAAGAAAGCAGCGAUGGCAUGAAGAGUUUGGAUCUGCCCUACGUGGGAGAGGAUGAAGUUCUUUCCUGAUGCACAGCACUGCUAUCAGCCUGUAACUACACAGCACAACACCCCUUUACUUUCACUUUGACACUGGCGGCCCACCCCACACAGGAGGAGGACAGGCCCGGGGCCCAAGUUUAACAGCGAAUGCACUUUGACGACAUUCUUAGAGCUGUGUUUCUAUAAACUUCUGAAACAUUUUUUUAAGGAGGGCUCUUGGACUUCCUUAAGCCCCUGCGGUGGACUCACUCUCCUUGUCUUACCCUGCAUGCACUACUAGUACUAGCAUGCUUCGUCUCAGGCUUCUUCUGUACAGUUUUCAUCUUGUAGUAUACAGUCCCUGACAAAAGUCUUGUCGCUUAUCCAUUUUGUAGAAAAAAAAGCUUAUAA